CUAGUUAACAAAAGCCGAUAUAAUAUCCAACAAGUGUAUGUUGCUGGCUGUUUGCUCACUUGUAUUUACAUCAGUCUUUUGGUAUUUACUUUCCGCCAAUCGACGACAGAAAAAUCGAUCACGAAGGAGGCUUAAUCGCUCCCUGCUCGCCGAUCAUCUCUACCAGACAUAAUUGUACCUGUGAAUAAAUAUGUCUCUGAGACGAGCGCUGCACUUUGUUUUCAAAGUUGGUGACAGGACCAAAACUGCCAAGUUCUACCGAGAUGUUCUGGGCAUGAAGAUUUUACGCCAUGAAGAGUUUGAGGAGGGCUGCAAGGCAACGUGUAAUGGCCCCUACGAUGGGAAAUGGAGCAAGACAAUGGUCGGCUUUGGUCCAGAAGAUGACCAUUUUGUUGCUGAACUGACAUACAAUUACGGGGUGGGAGGGUAUCAACUUGGCAAUGACUUCUUGGGGCUCACUCUGCAGUCGAGCCAGGCUGUGAGCAAUGCUAAACGUCUGGGGUGGCCUCUUACUGAGGUAGGAGAGGCUCUGUAUCUGACCCAGGCUCCAGGAGGUUAUCCUUUCUACCUUGUGGACAAAGAGCAGCCUCCCAGUGACCCAGUGCAGAAGGUUUGCCUCGGAGUAUCAGACCUCCAGAGAUCGACCAACUACUGGACUACGCUCCUGGGAAUGAAGGUCGUGGAAAAGAAUGAGGAAAAGAAAACCGUGCUGUUGGGGUUUGCAGACACUCAAUGUAAACUGGAGCUUCAUGAUAACAGCGGGACAGUAGAUCAUGGAACAGCGUUUGGGAGAAUAGCAUUUUCAUGCCCAAGGGAGCAAGUAAAAUAUUAUUUAAUGGAUACUUUCUUGUGUUUGUUAAUGUUGAAGAAAAUUACUCCUCAUUUCCAUGGUAAAUAUUUUUAUUACAUUGUACAGCUGCCUGACCUUGAAGCCUUGAUGAAAAAGGAAAAUCAGAAAAUUCUCACUCCAUUAGUCAGCCUGGAUACUCCUGGAAAGGCCACAGUAGAAGUGGUUAUCUUGGCUGACCCAGAUGGUCAUGAGAUUUGCUUUGUAGGAGAUGAGGCUUUCAGGCAACUGUCCAUGGUGGACCCCAAAGGAAAUGAACUGCUUGAUGAGGCUAUGGCCGCAGAUAAAAGUGACGAGUGGUUUGCCAAACACAACAGACAAAAAGCUGCUGCUUGAGAUGAAAGGGCUAUGAAAUGAAGAGGCUUGCCAUCAAUUUCUCACCAGUUCAUGUGAUGAUGAGAUGCUGUACAAGGCACCUGUGGUGUAAAUCUUCUUGAAAUGACAACUUGGUUAUCCUAAGCCUGGCAGUAUGAGAUUUAUUUUUCCCUGGAUGCAUGCCGUGAGGCACAGUUGCAUUGACAGCACUUUGUAAAAGGACCACUUUUUCAAUUUGAUGGACUUUUUUCCAAUAACUUUUGGCAGAGAGGUGUUCAGAAAAUCACUUUGAUGCAACAUAUUCUCUAAAAAGCACUGAAGAUGAUUUUCUGUUGGGUUCCUGUUGCCCCGUCACCAUCCAUCAUCUGUGCAUUGUAUAAUUACUAAUUAAUGCACGUAAUUACUGGAAUAAGACUGCCUGGCUGCAAGAUUCCUGUGCAUUGUUUAAUUGAAAACUUAAUUUUGAAAGAAGAACAGCGUAAAGGUAAACAUUAUGUAAUGAGGCAGCACCUGCCAUAUUGUUAUUAUGGCACAAGUAGUACAAAUCCAAUACAUUUGCAGCCAAUCAAAUGACCAAAACCAAAUUACAUGCAGUGUGCCUGGAGCAUUUACAGUUUCAGGACCCCUCAGUGUUGCUGAUAAAUGCACUAAAUAUAAUGCAGUAGCAAUAGUUCAGUCAUGUGAUGGAGUUACACUGAAUCAUGUAAUUUGUAAAAUUACAUAAUGUCAUCUGAUUGAAAUAAAUGCGACUUUCC